GUUAAAAUUUUUAAAAUUAAAAAAAAUAAAUUUUUUGCUUGUUGGAGAUAAUAAUAAUAGACAAAUAGAUAAUGAGUUAUAGACUUCUGAAUAAUGAGUGAUAAAUAUGAAAUCGUUUACUAUUGUAACAUUUCCGUUUAUUUUGUUCGGUGGUUUUUUACUGACAUUAUGUGAUGAGACAAACGUUGAUAUAUUAAAUUCACUUCUUGAUGCAAAAAAAUGGACACUCGGUGUACAAUACACGUAUUAUAAUUAUUGUAAUUUAAAUAAAUACGAUUUACUCAUAACUGAUUAUAAUGAGAAAAUUGUUACUGAAUAUAACGUUGAUAUAGUAUUAGCAAAUUUAUCGCAAUUGAUAAGUUAUGAGUACGCAAUUACUGUACACUGGCUUGCUAAUAUGUUAAUAACAUUAAACACUUAUUUUUCUAUAAAUUAUAAGAGCGCAUGUUGCGAAACUCAAAAUGAAUUCAUGGAAACCUUGACAAAAUGUAUGACAAAAUUGAAGGAGCUAACAAAAAAAUUUGUAAGUGCAUUAAUAUACAUAAACAAAUUAAAUAUAACUGUUCAAAAGCCAUUCUUAACAAAUUUUAUUAGUACAUUGUUAAAUUUUAAUAAUUUUAAAUUCGAACCAGAUAUUAACAAUAUGGAUAGUUUAUACGAAGAUGUUAUUCGCAUUUCAAUUGAUACUUUUUCGUCAACACAAAGUCUUAUAUUGAAAUAUUUUGAAUUGACACCAAAUAUUUCUAUGAUUAACUCAAAUCAUGAUUUGGAUUUAAAGUAUCAACAUAAAUCGUAUGAUACUGGAAUAACCGAAGAAGAACGCAAACAUUUAAAGUUACAUUCUGAUCUCAUUCUCAAUAGUGUCGAUGAAUUAAUUCAAAUAAAAUAUACUAACCUUGGAUUCAGAUAUAAUGAGACUUCAGAAAUAACUUAUUGUGAUACGAAAAUAAAUAUGGAUAAAACAAUUCAACUUUUUAAGUGAUAUACUGUCUUUAAUAAUUAAGAAUUCCAUAAUAAAAAUACAGUAAAUUUUAAUUGUAUGUGUGUAAUUAAAGAAUUAUAUUCAUUUAUGUUACGUUUAAAUUUUGUAUUGCUCAAAUAAUGUACUCCCAUCUUUAAAUUAAUAUAUAUCAAUAAAAAGAAACAAUUGUUAAUUAAAAUAAGUACGCUCCCUAUUUUGUUCUACAAAUACAAA